AUGUCCAGGGACUCUCUGGUAACCAGCUCGUUUGUGGUAGCAGACUAUGUGGUCUUUGCCCUCAUGCUGCUGCUGUCCGCUGCUGUCGGGGUCUACUAUGCCUGGGCGGACAGGGACCAGGGAACCUCUGGGGACUUCCUAAUGGGGGGCCGCAGACUGACGGCCGUGCCUGUGUCCCUGUCCCUGACUGCCAGCUUCAUGUCAGCCAUCACGGUGCUGUCAAAUCCAGCCGAGGUGUACCGCUAUGGAGCCAGCAUUGUAUUUUAUGGUCUCUCCUAUAUUAUGACCAUGGCAGUCACAUCUGAGGUCUUUCUUCCCGUCUUCUACCGGCUUGCUGUCACCAGUACGUAUGAGUAUCUGGAGCUGCGUUUCAACAGAGCAACCCGUCUGCUGGGAACUGGGCUCUUCAUUGUGCAGACGAUUCUCUACACUGGAAUCGUCAUUUAUGCUCCAGCACUUGCCUUGAAUCACGUAACUGGGAUGCAUCUGUGGGGCGCUGUCAUCUCCACAGGGGUGGUGUGUACCUUUUACUGCACGAUGGGUGGUCUGAAGGCAGUGGUGUGGACUGAUGUCUUUCAGCUUGGCGUCAUGGUCGCAGGCUUCCUGGCUGUUAUCAUCAGGUCUGUGGUUUUGCAAGGGGGAGUCUUCAACAUCAUUUCAGAUUCAGAACACGGAGGGAGACUCAAUCUUUGGGACUUUGACACGAACCCUCUGAAAAGACACACUUUUUGGACCAUAACGAUUGGCGGGACGUUUGUGUGGGUCAGUAUCUAUGGGAUCAACCAGGCCCAGGUUCAGAGAUACAUCUCCUGUAAGAGCAUCACCCACGCCAGAGUAUCUCUGUACAUCAACCUGUUAGGCCUCUUGUCCAUCUUGCUCUGCUCAGUGUUUGCAGGGAUGUGCCUCUACUCCGUCUAUAAGAGCUGUGACCCAUGGUCAGCUGGUCUGGUUUCUGCUACUGAUCAGCUGAUGCCAUAUUUGGUGAUGGACAUCUUGGGAGACUAUCCUGGCCUUCCUGGACUAUUUGUUGCAGCAGCAUAUAGUGGAUCUUUAAGCACAGUGUCUUCCAGCAUCAAUGCACUGGCUGCAGUGACAGUGGAGGACCUGAUCAAACCGUACACUAACAUGUCUGAGAAACACUUGGCCCGCACCUCGAAGGGACUGAGUCUCGUAUACGGGGCUUUAUGCAUUGGAAUGGCUGGACUGGCUUCACUGAUGGGAGGGGUGUUACAGGCAGCCGUCAGUAUAUUUGGGAUCAUUGGAGGUCCUUUACUUGGCCUGUUCACACUGGGUAUCCUCUGUCCAUUUGCCAAUUCCAAAGGAGCUUUGUCAGGUCUUGUGGCUGGGUUGGUCAUGUCCCUGUGGGUGGGCAUCGGAGCUCAGAUAUACCCUCCCCCUCCUGACUUGACCCGACCGCUGCCACUGACCACGGAGGGCUGUAACUUCACCACCACAGGCAGCCUGAACUGGACCUCCACGGCUCUGCCAACGCAACCAAACUCCACCACUGCCCCAGCACACAACCUCGACAGCAGGCCUGUGCUGGCAGAUAACUGGUACUCUCUGUCCUACAUGUACUUCAGCCCUAUUGGAACCAUAGUAGCAAUUAGCGUGGGGCUGAUAGUCAGUCUGUUCACAGGAGGCUGGGGUCAGAAGGUGGAAGCAAGACUUCUAUUAAUGAAAGAGGACACAACUCUUUAUCACCUGAUCAGGUGUUUCAAAGACAGAGUAAGACGACUCGACCUCACAACGGAUUGCGACAAAAAAAUUGGCAACACAAACCCUGCUUUCUGUGAUGUUGAGCUGGACCACACCAAAAGCUGCACUCCCACAUGA